AUGCCUUUCGAUUUCAGCCAUGUGUUCUCUGGACACCACAACAAUCACGAUGAUGGUCCUCAUUCAGCUCACAAGAAGAAAGAGUACACGUUCGAUCACGACGUAAUAGGGCAAGGGGGAUACUCACAGGUGAUGAGGGCGCAUUGGAAAGCAAGAGAUGGGAUGGUAGUAGCUAUGAAGGUGGUCAGGAAGGAAGCGGUCAAGGAUAGGGAAGGAUACUUGAAGUUGAUAGGUUGUGGAUUCUCCCGUAUCAAUACACAUCCAAAUAUAUGUGCUGGUUUAGACUGGUUCGAAAGCACACACAAGUUCUACAUCGCCUUCCCUUUACUGACUGGUGGGGAACUACUGGAAAGACUGAACAAGAGAGGGAGAUUCACCGAAGAUGCUGUCAGAAACGUAAUGAGAGUCAUGCUGAAUACACUAUCUUUCAUACAUUCGCACGGGAUAAUACAUCGAGAUGUCAAACCUGAUAAUUUCCUAUAUCGAACGCCAGAAUCCGAAGUAGAUGAUAUAGUCCUCAUAGACUUUGGCAUAUCAAAGGUACUAGACACCGAGUCUGAAGACGAUCCUCGGGAUCAGUUUGAAGUAGGAGGUACACCGGGAUAUGCGGCUCCUGAGGUGUUUUGCGGGAUAGGAUAUGGCAAGAACUCAGAUCUAUUCGGUGCAGGUGUGAUAGGAUACAAUCUUUUAUCCUCAUGGUCACCUUGGGAAUCGAGAGAUACUGUCGCACUCAUACAGGAGACAUCGAGAACAACCGUCAAUUUCCCACCGGGACCUUUCGAAGGCGUAUCUGAACAAGCCAAGUCCUUCAUCCGACACCUCAUGCAACCACCUUCCCGUCGACCAAGUGCUAAAAAAGCGUUGCAACACGUGUGGCUCGCCGAACCUGUCAAACCUGUAGAACAAGAUCACAAACUUGGAUCUCACGAGAUUGAACAAACGGGUAUACAGCCUCUUGUCCCUCACCCGACCAUAAAACCAGAACAUCCAAUAGCGAGGCAAUUGACAGCUCAGCCAGCUGAACUCAAGCUGUAG